UAUUUUUUAUUUAAUCUGGCAAGUCAGUUAAAUCGAUAGAGCCUUAGAACGCUGUGCCACUUGGUCCCCCAAAAUUAUAAGACAGUGACUCGGAUUGCAUGUUUUUAUUGUGUCCAAGUGUACAAGGCCUCUCCAGUCUAUGUCAAGUGGAGGAUACAUCGGCUUUGAGCCAGUGGAGGCUUUUGAGGGAAGGACGGCUCAUACUAACAGCUGAAACGGAGCAGAUGGAAUGGCAUCAAACACAUGGAAACCAUAUGUUUGAAGUAUUUGAUACCAGUCCACUGUUACCGCUCCAGCUAUUACCAUGAGCCGUCCUCCCCAAUUAAGGUUCCACCAACCUCCUGUGUUUUGAGUAUUACGCAUGGGCAUGCAUUGACUUUUGUAGGAGAAGAUUACAAACCUUGUCAGGGAAUAUGGGUGGGGUGUUGGAGUAUUGCGAUAAAAUGUUGAAUUGAGUAAUGUUUUUCUGAAUGAGUGCAUGGAUGACAAUAGGCUCCGAAUAGAAGACGUUUGAGAAUUAACAAUAUUACAUGAGAGGCAUCUAAAUGGAAUUGAUUUUGUCGAAGAAUGUAAUCCCUUGCGGAAAUACAGGUGGAAUGAAUUUGGACAGAAUCGCAGAGACCGUGAGACCCCCACCGACGCGCGACAUGGCCUCUACGUUUCACUUGCCGAGAACUGCAAACAACACUCGAGAAACGUUGGAGAACUCAAGUAGCGAGUCAUCAGAUACUGAAAUAACAGAAAAGGAGAGGAGUGUAGAACACAGAAGUGACGAUGGAAACGCCGAUGACCCAAAAAAGAAGAAAGCGAGGCGGCAGAGGACUCAUUUCACCAGCCAGCAGCUGCAGGAGCUCGAGGCCACCUUUCAGCGGAACCGCUACCCCGACAUGAGCACGAGAGAGGAAAUAGCUGUGUGGACCAACCUCACCGAGGCCAGAGUCAGGGUGUGGUUCAAAAAUCGCAGGGCCAAAUGGAGGAAGCGUGAACGCAACCAGCAAAUGGACCUGUGCAAGAACAGCUACCUGCCCCAGUUCAGUGGCCUCAUGCAGCCCUAUGACGACAUGUAUCCCACCUACACCUACAACAACUGGACGAACAAAGGACUGACCCCGGCUAAUCUGUCCACAAAGAACUUCACUUUUUUCAACUCAAUGAGCCCACUCACAUCCCAGUCAAUGUUCUCAGCUCCUAACUCCAUCUCCUCUAUGACUAUGGCCGGAAGUAUGGGGGGCCACUCGGCUGUACCGGGGAUGCCAACUGCCGGCCUGAACAACAUCAGCAAUUUUAACAGCAUCGGCACCGCUACAAUCAACUCAGCCAUGUCCUCGUCGUCCUGUCCGUAUGGGCCUCCCGGUUCCCCUUACAGCGUAUACAGAGACACAUGUAACUCUAGCCUGGCGACCCUGAGACUGAAAUCGAAACAGCACCCAACCUUUGGAUACAGCGGGUUACAAAGUCCCGGGUCUAGCCUUAACGCCUGCCAAUACAACAGCUGACGUAUCAGCCGUGAUGAAAAUAAUUUGCGGACAGCUCUAAACCUAGUAGCCUAGCCUACUUGCGAAUGGAGCGAAAGACAACUAAACUGGAUGAGUUGCAAUCAUUUAUUUUUCAAAUGAAUUAUGCGGGUUGUAGCCUAUGUGUUUACCAAUGAACUUGUAGGCUACAACAAUUUAAAUGUCCAUGUUUUUUUGGAUUUAAAAGUGAUGAUGAAGAUGUGCUACAUUGCAACGUUGUACAUUAGCCUACAUAAGAAACAGACAAAGGAUCUCCUAUGCAUGUUCGCUUACUUGCUUUGAGGGCUCAAACCCAUUAGAACUGACUUGUAUUGGUCUAAGCCAGCGUUUCCCAAACUCGGUCCUGGGGACCCCAAGGAGUGCACGUUUUUUUUUUUGCCCUAGCACUACACAGCUGAUUCAAAUAUUCAACCAAAACCCCCCUUGGGGUCCUGAGUACCGAGUUUGGUAAACGCUGGCCUAGGCCCUGUACUCUUGGUCUUGGAUUAGAAACAGUUUGGUAAACUUGGAUUAGAAACCAAGAAGUGCAACACAUAUAACUAGACAUAUCCGGACUCUGUAGAAGAACAAUUGUAUUGUACAUAGCUCAGACUUUUAUGUUGCUCAUGUGUUUUACCGUUUAUGCAGGGGGUGCCACUGGCCCACCCAAUUGUGUCCUGUUUCCGUAGCAUGACGUUACCUUUAAAUGCUCUGUCUGGAGUAUUUUCGUUUUAUUUGUUUGCUAAAAAAUAGAAUUUCAGCAUUUUUAAUUUGGGUGAAAAGUGUUUUGUACGAGUUGAUAGUAAUGUAAGAUAAAGCAAAAUCCAUUAUACUGUAUUCAAAAGGUGAUUGAAAAGUAACUUCAUGUGUUUGUGGUAAUAUGUUUGAAUAAACUACAGCAGAAAGAA